UUUCCUCUUUCCUUGCUUGUAGGGUUUCAUACUCUCCAUCUCUCACUCACUCUCUGAGAUAUCAGAGAAAAGAGAAGAUGAGCACCGUUGAUAAGAUGCUGAUAAAGGGCAUCCGUAGCUUCGACCCAGAAAACAAACACGUCAUCACCUUCUUCAGACCCCUCACCCUCAUAGUCGGUCCCAACGGCGCUGGCAAAACCACUAUCAUCGAAUGCUUGAAGCACGCUUGCACCGGAGAGUUGCCUCCCAACGCGAGAUCCGGCCAUAGUUUCAUACACGAUCCCAAGGUUGCUGGGGAGACAGAAACGAAAGGGCAAAUAAAGCUGCGAUUCAAGACGGCAGCUGGCAAGGAUGUGGUGUGCAUAAGAUCGUUUCAGCUGACGCAGAAGGCAUCGAAGAUGGAGUAUAAAGCAAUUGAGAGUGUCUUACAAACAAUCAAUCCUCAUACAGGAGAGAAAGUUUGUCUCAGCUACAGAUGUGCUGACAUGGACAGGGAAAUUCCUGCCCUAAUGGGUGUCUCAAAGGCUAUUUUGGAAAAUGUGAUAUUUGUCCACCAAGAUGAUGCCAACUGGCCACUGCAAGAUCCUUCAACAUUGAAAAAGAAGUUUGAUGAUAUUUUCUCUGCCACCCGAUAUACAAAAGCUUUGGAGGUCAUAAAAAAGCUUCACAAGGAUCAGGCUCAGGAGAUAAAGACAUAUAAGCUGAAGUUGGAGAAUCUUCAAACUUUGAAAGAUGCAGCAUAUAAGCUCCGUGAAAGCAUUACUCAGGAUCAAGAGAAAACUGAGUCUCUAAAAGCUCAGAUACAGGAGCUGGAAGGAAACAUUCAAAGUGUGGAGAAUAAGAUCCGGCAUGCAGAAACAACUCUAAAGGAUUUGCGGAAACUACAGGACCAGAUAUCGACCAACAAUACUGCAAGGAGCACUUUAUUUAAACUUCAGCAGACACAGUAUGCUGCUCUUGCUGAGGAAAAUGAAGACACCGAUGAGGAGUUAAAGGAAUGGCAAACCAAAUUUGAAGAAAGGAUUGCACUGUUAGAAUCUAAAAUUGGCAAGCUGGAGAGGGAGAUGAAUGAUACAGAGACAAAGACUUCGUUUCUUAGGCAGACAAUUAAUGAAUCUGUCCGGGAGAUCGGCAAGCUACAGGCUGAAGCUGAUGCUCAUAUGUCCUUGAGGGUUGAGCGGGAUUCAACCAUCCAAAGACUUUUUACAAAGCAUAAUUUGGGGUCUCUUCCAAGUAUCCCUUUCAGCAAUGAAGUGGCUGUUAACCUUACUAACCGAGUAAAAACAAGGUUAAUGGAUCUUGAGAAAGAUUUGCAGGAUAAAAAGAAAUCAAAUGAAUUGGAACUCAAGGCUUUAUGGGAUCGCUAUGUGGCAGCAAAUGGUAAAUGCAGUGAGAUUGAAGGUCAGAAGCAGGCUAAGAUAGAGACAAAGAUCGGUGUUUCUAAGCGAAUGAAAGAGAAAGAGAACGAGCGGGAUCUAGCAGAACUUGAACUAUCGAACCUUAACCUGACACACAUAGAUGAACGGGAAAAGAACCUGCAAAUGGAAGUUGAGAGGAAAACCGUCCAACUUGGGGAAAGAGAUUUUGAAGCAAACAUAGCUCAGAAGCGGACUGACAUGUUUAGCUUGGAUCAAAAAAUUAAAGCUCUUUACCGAGAGAAAGAUGUCAUGGCUAGUGAUUCUGAGGAUAGAGUGAAACUGGAUCUGAAGAAGGAGGAACUGGAAAGCUACAAGAGAAAACAUAAAAAGAUAAUGGAUGAAUCCAAGGAUAAAAUCAGAGGUGUUCUGAAAGGAAGGCUUCCUUCUGACAAGGAUAUGAAGAAGGAGAUGACUCAUGCCGUAGGGGCUCUUAGAAAAGAGUACGACGAUUUGAACUCCAAAUCUCUUGAAGCAGAAAAGGAGGUGAAAUUGGUCGAGAUGAAAAUACAAGAUGUAAAGAAUAACCUGUCCAAGUAUCAGAAAGAUAUGGAUGCAAAAAGGAGAUUUAUUGACUCGAAACUCCAAGCGUUGGUUCAGUUGUCUUUUGAUAUUGACUCUUUCCCUCACGUUUUGGGUGAGGCUAUGGAGAAAAGAGAUGUACAAAAAAGCAAAUACAACAUUGCGGAUGGCAUGCGGCAAAUGUUUGAUCCUUUUGAAAGGGUUGCUCGAGCACAUCAUAUCUGUCCCUGCUGUGAGCGUCCAUUCUCUCCUGAAGAGGAGGAUGAGUUUGUUAAAAAGCAAAGAGUGAAAAGUGCAAGUUCUGCAGAGCACAUGAAGGUCUUAGCUGUGGAUUCUUCAAAUGCUGAGACACAUUUCCAACAGUUGGACAAGCUUCGUAUGGUUUAUGAGGAAUGUGUUAAACUUAAAAAGGAAAUUAUUCCUUUAGCCGAGAAAAAUUUGAACGAACUGACAGAAGAUUUGAAUCAGAAGUCUCAGGCAUUUGAUGAUCUUGUAGGUGUUUUAGCCCAUGUUAAGGCUGAGAAGGAUUCAGUGGAGGCCUUACUCCAACCAGUUGAAACCGCUGACAGACUUUUGCUUGAGAUGCGGAAUUUGAAAGAGCAAGUUGAGGAUUUGGAGUAUAAGCUUGAUGCUCGUGGGCAAGGUGUCAAGUCCGUCGAGGAAAUCCAGUCCCAGCUAAAUGUGCUGCAGAACCAAAAGGAUAGCUUGACCAUGGAAUUGGAUACGCUAAGGGAAGACCAAAGCUACAUGAAUAAUGAUUUAUCAAAUAUACAGAUGCGGUGGCAUACUCUGAGGGAGGAGAAAUUGAAAGCAUCUGCCAUAUUACAUAAAGUCAGAAAGGCAGAAGAGGAGUUAGAUCGUCUGGCAGAGGAAAUAGCUCAAGCUGAACUAGAUGAAAAGCAUUUGGCAGAUGCUCUUGUCCCAUUGUCCAAGGAGAAAGAGAAGUUACUACAUGACCACAAGGAUUUGAAAUCAAAACUUGAGCGGGAGUAUGAAGAGCAGUCUGAAAUUAAAAGAAGUUAUCAACAGGAGGUUGAGAUGCUUUUAACACUUACUUCUAGGAUUAAAGAUUAUCUUGAUUCAAAGAAAGGAGAAAGGCUUAUGGAACUACAAGAAAAGCAAUCUUUGUUUGAGUCUCAGCUGCAGACAUCCGAGACCAGGAAACAAGAAAUUUCAGCGGAGUUGAAUAGAAGUAAAGAGUUGUUGCGAAAUCAAGAUCAAUUAAAGAGAAAUAUAGAUGAUAAUUUGAAUUACAGGAAAACUAAGGCUGAAGUAGAUGAGCUUACUCGUGAAAUAGAAACACUGGAAGAGAAAAUAUUGAAGAUUGGUGGAGUAUCUGCCUUUGAAGCUGAUCUUAAAAAACAUUUGCAAGAAAAAGAAAGACUUCUUUCUGAGCUCAACAGGUGUCAUGGCACAUUGUCAGUUUAUCAGAGCAAUAUUUCGAAGCAUAAACUUGACCUUAAACAGGCACAAUACAAUGAUAUUGACAAGCGGUACUUUAAUCAGCUGAUCCAGCUAAAGACGACUGAAAUGGCAAAUAAGGAUCUGGACAGAUAUUACAAUGCACUUGACAAAGCACUCAUGCGUUUCCACACGAUGAAGAUGGAGGAAAUAAACAAGAUUAUAAGGGAACUGUGGCAACAAACAUACAGGGGGCAGGAUAUAGAUUACAUAAGCAUUCAUUCUGAUUCCGAAGGAGCUGGUACUCGAUCCUAUAGCUACCGGGUUCACAUGCAGACUGGUGAUGCAGAGCUGGAAAUGCGAGGACGGUGUAGUGCUGGUCAGAAGGUACUUGCUUCACUUAUAAUACGAUUGGCGUUAGCAGAGACUUUUUGCCUCAAUUGUGGAAUACUGGCACUGGAUGAACCUACCACAAACUUGGACGGUCCAAAUGCUGAAAGCCUUGCAACAGCCCUCCUAAGAAUAAUGGAGGAUAGAAAAGGACAGGAAAAUUUUCAAUUGAUAGUCAUUACUCAUGAUGAGCGGUUUGCUCAGCUGAUCGGUCAACGUCAGCAUGCUGAGAAAUAUUAUCGCGUCACAAAGGAUGAACACCAACACAGCAUAAUUGAAGCCCAAGAGAUAUUUGAUUGAUGCUAUCCUGGCAAAAGAGUGCUUUGUUGAGAAGGAUCCAGGUCCCACAGAUGAGAGAGCUGAGAGGGCAUGGGAUGAUACAUCUUUGCAAGGCCCUUGAUCCGGUAUUCAAGCAACCAAAUCAUGAUUGUCAACCAAACAGGGACAACCGGAAGACCAGAAAGGACUGUAUAGAUAUGUGCAUUGUCAUGGUUGAGCCAGGGUCCUCAGUUGCCACAUGACUCUCAGGCCAACUGCAUAGAUCUUGUACAUGUGUGCAUGAAAGGAGGGUAUGUAUUGCAAGUGGGUGCAUGUUGUGAGGACUUCUGGUUGUAAUGUAUGUCAUCUUGAACUAUUGUUUGCAGGCAUCACUACUGCAUUUUGAGGCACCUAGGGUGCAGUUUGGGGAAAGCAAUGCAUUGAAAUGGAAAUUGGAUUCAUGAGCAA